CUUUCACUCUCCGUCAGCUGGAUUGCCCGCUCCGCGUCCGGCCCGCGACCCGCGCUCGUCCGCCUGUCCGCCCGCGCCAUGAACGCCAAGGUCGUGGUCGUGCUGGCCCUCGUGCUGACCGCGCUCUGCCUCAGCGACGGGAAGCCUGUCAGCCUGAGCUACAGAUGCCCAUGCCGAUUCUUCGAAAGCCAUGUUGCCAGAGCCAACGUCAAGCAUCUCAAAAUUCUCAACACUCCAAACUGUGCCCUUCAGAUUGUAGCCCGGCUGAAGAACAACAACAGACAGGUGUGCAUUGACCCGAAGCUAAAGUGGAUUCAGGAGUACCUGGAGAAAGCUUUAAACAACCUGAUCAGCGCCGCACCAGCCGGGAAGAGGGUGAUUGCUGGGGCUCGUGCCCUGCAUCCCUCUCCUCCCAGGGCCUGCCCCACAGCUCGGGCCCUCUGUGAGAUCCGUCUUUGGCCUCCUCCAGAAUGGAGCUGGCCCUCUCCUGGGGAUGUGUAAUGGUCCCCCUGCUUACCCACAAAAGACAAGUCUUUACAGAAUCAAAUGCAAUUUUAAAUCUGAGAGCUGGCUUUGAGUGAUUGGGUUUUGUGAUUGCCUCUGAAGCCUAUGUAUGCCAUGGAGGCACUAACAAACUCUGAGGUUUCUGAAAUCAGAAGUGAAAAAAUCAAUGAAUAAACCAUCAUCUUGCCACUACCCCCUCCUGAAGCCACAGCAGGGUUUCAGGUUCCAAUCAGAACUGUUGGCAAGAUGACAUUUCCAUGCAUAAAUGUGAUCCACAGAUGGUCCUGGUGGUAUUUGUAACUUUUUGCAAGGCAUUUUUUAUAUAUAUUUUUGUGCACAUUUUUUUUACGUUUCUUUAGAAAACAAAUGUAUUUCAAAAUAUAUUUAUAGUCAAACAAUUCAUAUAUUUGAAGUGGAGCCAUAUGGAUGUCAGUAGUUUAUACUUCUCUAUUAUCUCAAACUACUGGCAAUUUGUAAAGAAAUAUAUAUGAUAUAUAAAUGUGAUUGCAGCUUUUCAAUGUUAGCCACAGUGUUAUUUUUUCACUUGUACUAAAAUUGUAUCAAAUGUGACAUUAUAUGCACUAGCAAUAAAAUGCUAAUUGUUUCAUGGUAUAAACCUCCUACUGUAUGUGGGAAUUUAUUUACCUGAAAUAAAAUUCAUUAGUUGUUAGUGA